AUGGCUGAUAAACGAGAUUUCGCCUCUGAGGCAGUCGCGCCUGAAUCCGAUGCUCUGUCUCCCAGCGACCCAGCGACUCCUCCGUUUCCCCGACAUACGUCAAGCCCAAUCGUUCUUCCCUCCCGCGAAUCUUCAGGACCUGGCUUAUCUGCCUCAUCCACACAUCUGGGCCAAAUCAAUGCUGCGCGGCGUGGUGGGCCUUCACCACACCCACACCCGUCGAUGAGCUCACAAGGAACCGGCGUAUUAAACCAAGACAUCAUGGCGAAAAUGAAGGCAUUCUCGUUAUCCCGUCAAGGUGCUCCGGUGGCACAACCUGCCUCUUCGACGGGGCAGAUCCCUAUGGCUCAGGGAGGCGCAGGCGGCGCACUUGCUGGUGGAGCACCUCAGGGUCCUACAAGGCCCAAUCCUACGAAUUGGUCAUCUUCCCCUGCCGUUCCCGCCACUGGCUCUAGUCCUUUGUCGCCUCGUCCGGGAGGACUGGCAGCGAAGCGCAUGAAGCCGGGUCUCAAGCUAUCGGAUGUCACUGGUCCGUCCGCUCCCGCAGCAGGUACGGAUCAAAAGCAGGGCGAACAAAAUGGGGACUCUGCCUUCAGCAAAUACUCUGAGUUUAUCGAUACGAAAGAGGGCACUCUGAACUUCAAAAACAAAGCUGUCCUACACGGAGGUGGUGUCGAGUUUUCGUCAGGCCACAGCUUCAAGAUCUCUCUGGAUGAAGUUGAUCGCUUGGAAGAGUUGGGUAAAGGUAAUUAUGGAACGGUCUAUAAGGUUCGACACACUCGCCCGCAUCUACGGAAACCAGGUCUGGGGUUGAGUGGCAUUGUAAGUCGGCCUCCAGGCCAGGACGAAACGAGUCCGGACCCCGGAGCGAACCAACUCUCAGGCGUGGUCAUGGCCAUGAAGGAGAUUCGCUUGGAAUUGGACGAAGCCAAGUUUGCACAAAUCAUUAUGGAGUUGGACAUCCUACACCGCUGUGUCUCUCCAUUCAUCAUCGAUUUCUACGGAGCCUUUUUCCAGGAAGGUGCCGUGUAUAUGUGUGUUGAGUACAUGGACGGCGGGUCGAUCGACAAGCUCUACGAAGGGGGUCUUCCCGAGAACAUUCUGCGGAAGGUGACUCUGUCCACCAUCAUGGGUCUGAAAUCACUGAAGGAGGACCACAACAUUAUUCACCGCGAUGUUAAACCUACCAACAUCCUUGUCAACAGCAAAGGACAGGUCAAGAUCUGCGACUUUGGCGUUAGCGGGAAUCUGGUCUCUAGUAUUGCGAAGACCAAUAUCGGUUGUCAGAGUUAUAUGGCACCCGAACGAAUCGCGGGAGGCGGAAUGCAGCAGUCGGGAGCGCCGAGUGCCGGUACAUACAGCGUGCAGAGUGAUGUCUGGAGUUUAGGAUUGACCAUCAUCGAAUGCGCUAUGGGCCGAUACCCAUACCCACCAGAAACAUUUAACAACAUUUUCAGCCAGUUACACGCCAUCGUCCAUGGAGACCCUCCAACACUACCCGAGGGAUUCUCCGAAGAAGCACACGCACUCGUACGGGCCUGUCUCGACAAAAACCCGAAAAACCGACCAACUUACGACAUGUUACUCCGACACCCUUGGCUAUCCCCUCUCAUGCAGCCCCCUACCGAGUCUGCCGAUGGCAACGCCCCACUACCCGAAGAGUCCGCCUCCGGUGAUGCCGUUUCCGCAAUUACAGAGGACAAAGAAGUGGCUGAGUGGGUGCAAAAGCAAAUGCAGCUUAAGGAAGAUGGCCUGCUCCAUGUUUCCGAGAAACCAGCACUUCACGCCGUCGCCCUGGAUAAGGUCGGAACGACUCCAUCCGAGUGUGACCCUCUCGCUCCGUCGCAAAAUGACUGA